CAGGCCAUGCAGAUGCUGACGGCUCGCCUGAAGGAUCCCGAGGAGGGCGUCCGCCUCCUGGCCGCCGAGUCCCUCGCCCGGGUGGCGGGCGGCGGGCGGCCUGGCGGCGCGCAGGAGCCAGGCGACCCGCGGCGGCUGGCGCUCGAGGCGGCGGGCGAGCUGCUGGCGCAUUGGCGCGGCGACGUGCGGCGCGCGGCCAUCGUGGCGCUGGCGCAGCUGGUGAGGAAGGGCGACGACUUCCUGAUCGAGGCCCUCUGUGGCUGUCUGACGUCCGAGGAUGCCGAGGUGGCCGAGUCCGCCCUCGAGGUGCUUUUGCUCGUCUGCACCCCGGAGGGCAAGCCAGUGCCGCACCGGGACGCCACGGAGAAGCUGGCCGCUGGCCGACCAACC